AUGGAAGCUGUGUUUCUCAUGACAUUCGUAUUCUGGAUCAAGGCGUAUUUUGACUCGGAUGAUGGCAAUGAACGAAAGUACUGGCCCAGUUUUGAUGCGACCUUAAUCCAUGAAGGCUUGCUGGCGAUUGCCAGCAUUCUAGCGUGUGGCCGCCUUAUGUAUUUUUGUCAACAUAGUCGAUUGGCCGGGCCUUUUCAGACAUCUUUGGAAUACAUGGGUUACGAAAUUCUUGGUUUCCUAUUUAUUUGUUUCAUCAUUAUUUUGUCCUUCGCUACGGGUCUGACUCGACUUUACCAGGCCUACAAUGGAAUGAGUUAUGUAGAUAGUUCGGGGACGAAAGUAGUACAGAUGUCCUCGUUUGUCAGUUUUGACCAGUCUGUUAAGACUCUGUUCUGGGCUUUGUUUGGCAUGUCUCCAGUUGAAGCAGUUGACAUAGUUAUGCUAGAUUUAAGCAGUAGUGCAAAGUCUAAUUCCACCUUUAAUCAGCAUGUUUUCACCGAGGGAGUCGGCCACUUUCUAUAUGCUGUCUACCAUCUUCUCAUCCUUAUAGUUCUCGUUAACACACUCAUUGCCAUGAUGACUAAUUCAUUUCAAAACAUUGUUAACAACGUGAACGUUGAGUGGAAAUUCGCCCGAACUCAAAUGUUGCUUACUUACAUUGACGGAAUAAUCUUGUGUUCGAGUCCCUUCAACUUAAUCUAUUAUUUAGUUCUACUAUGUUACAAAAAAGUUCAGAAGACUAAACGUCUCUCAAACUACUGGAAGCUUCCUGUUUCUUUAGAGGAUUAUCACCAUGAUCCUGCGCAUUAUGAGGCGUUAAUGGACGUGAUAAUACGUCGAUACUUCAAAGAGAAGAAUCCUCUUGAAACUACUGUUUGAAAACUUUGUUAUUCUAGCUUGAAAACUCAGAACUACUAUGUGUAACAUUCAUGUCUGUAAAUUAAGACUUUAAAGUUUUAAAUUGAAAUAAAGACCCUAAAUGUGAUAAAAAUUCUUCUUUUCAAGAAAGAAAGUGUUUGUAACUCUGUAUGUUUUAAAGAAAGUAAUGAGUUUGGCGAAGAAUGUUUUAAGAUUUCAUGUAUAAGAAAUAUUCCU